GUGACCGGAGGGACGCGGCCUUGGCCCCUCAGGCUGCAGGGUCCCGGCGGGGCGGCUCGUCGGGGCCCGAGCCAUGGCCUCCGACAACCACAAGCAGUUCUGGAAGAGGAGCGCCAAACUGCCCGGGAGUAUCCAGCCUGUGUAUGGAGCCCAGCACCCUCCUCUGGAUCCUCGUCUCAGCAAAAACUUCAUUAAGGAACGGUCCAAAGUCAACGCUGUCCCCUUGAAGAAUAAGAAAGCCUCCAGCUUCCACGAGUUUGCCCGGGACACCAGUGACGCCUGGGACAUCGGAGACGACGAGGACGAGGACUUUUCUUCGGCCUCGCUCCAGACGCUGAACUCUAAGGUGGCUUUGGCAGCUGCUGCCCAGGUCUUGGAGAACCACAGCAAACUGCGGGUGAAGCCAGAGCGCUCGCCGCCCACGGUGGUUGACGUGCCGGGGAACUGCAAGGUGAUUAAGUCCAGCAGCGAUGCCCAGCUGUCCAGAAACUCCGGGGAUACCUGCCUGAGGAAUCCUCUCCACAAACAGCAGUCACUCCCGCUCCGGCCCAUCAUUCCCCUCGUUGCCCGGAUUUCGGACCAGAAUGCCUCCGGGGCACCCCCCAUGACCGUCCGGGAGAAGACGCGGCUAGAGAAAUUCCGGCAGCUCCUCUCCAGCCCCAACACGGACCUGGAUGAAUUGAGGAAGUGCAGCUGGCCGGGAGUGCCCCGGGAGGUCCGUCCCGUGACGUGGAGACUUCUGUCGGGAUACCUCCCAGCCAACACGGAAAGGAGGAAGAUGACACUUCAGAGGAAGCGGGAGGAGUACUUUGGCUUCAUUGAGCAGUAUUACGAUUCCAGAAAUGAAGAGCAUCACCAAGAUACCUACAGGCAGAUACAUAUCGACAUUCCGAGGACGAAUCCUCUCAUCCCGCUGUUCCAGCAGCCGCUCGUUCAGGAGAUCUUUGAAAGAAUCCUCUUCAUCUGGGCCAUCCGACACCCCGCCAGUGGCUACGUCCAGGGAAUCAAUGACCUGGUCACCCCCUUCUUCGUCGUCUUCCUCUCAGAAUAUGUUGAAGAGGAAGUGGAGAACUUCGACGUGACCAACUUGUCUCAGGACGUGCUGCGGAGCAUCGAAGCGGACAGCUUCUGGUGCAUGAGCAAGCUGCUGGACGGGAUCCAGGACAACUACACCUUUGCGCAGCCCGGGAUCCAGAAGAAAGUCAAAGCGCUGGAAGAGCUCGUCAGCCGGAUUGACGAGCAGGUACACAAUCACUUCAGGAGGUACGAGGUGGAAUACCUGCAGUUUGCCUUUCGCUGGAUGAACAAUCUGCUCAUGAGGGAACUGCCCCUCCGCUGCACCAUCCGGCUGUGGGACACCUACCAGUCUGAGCCAGAAGGAUUCUCCCACUUCCACCUCUACGUGUGUGCGGCCUUCUUAAUCAAGUGGCGGAAGGAGAUCUUGGACGAGGAGGACUUUCAGGGCCUCCUCAUGCUGUUGCAGAAUCUCCCGACGAUACACUGGGGCAACGAGGAGAUCGGGCUCCUGUUGGCGGAAGCGUACAGACUGAAGUACAUGUUUGCGGACGCCCCCAACCAUUACCGCCGGUAGGGGUUGUC